AUCAAUCGAGCUAUAGGAUAGCGACUGAGGGAGUUUUAAUUUUUUACUUUGUUUAAUAAUUUAAUAAAAUUUUCCUUUUCCUCGUAUAAAGGGUUAUAGAUACGGAAGUUAUUUUUGAUUCGAAAUAUAAACGUAACAGUAAUUGAGGCAUGAAAAAUCUACAUAUAAUUUGCCAUAAAAACCCAACCUAAAUUAUGUUUGUUUUUGUUUGGCAACAGAUACUUAAUCGAUCUGUAACACUGCACAUCAAUAGAACUCCGAAUAAUGUUGCCUAAAUCAUAAUUUUGGUUAAUAUGAUUUUUGUAUGUGCUUAUAUCAAUUAAGUAUAGAAUAACAAAAUCGCAGAAGAAAAAGUUGUGUACGAUUUAUUUUUCCAUUAACAUUAAGACUGCAGUAGGAAUAUAACCUAGUAAAUAUGAGCAGUAAAGCAAAUGCAUCAGGAGCUUCUGACCCAGUUCAAGAAGAAUUAGCAGGUAGAGUUCGCGAAGUAGGAAAUCAUGCAAUCUGGAGUUUGUCAAGUUGUAAGCCAGGUUUUGGAGUUGAUCAACUCAGAGACGAUAUUACAGAAACUUACUGGCAGUCCGAUGGACAAUUACCACAUCUUGUCAAUAUUCAAUUUCGCCGCAAAACAACCAUUCGGGACAUUUGCAUCUAUACGGAUUACAAGCUAGAUGAGAGUUAUACACCAAGCAGGAUAAGCAUAAGAGCUGGAACAAAUUUCAAUGACCUACAAGAAGUCGAAGUUAUGGAUCUUAGUGAACCAAGUGGGUGGGUGGUGAUACCUAUAAGAGAUGACAAUGAUCGUCCCAUUAGAACUUUUAUGAUUCAGAUUGCUGUCAUAAGCAAUCAUCAAAAUGGACGAGACACCCAUAUGAGGCAAAUAAAAGUUCAUAGUCCAGCAGAGGAUAUUCUUGGGCCACAUUCUCAAUUAGUGCCAGGACGUUUUCUUACAAAUGAAUUUCAAAGAUAUGCUACCAUUAGAUAGAAUUAAUUUUUUAAGUUUAAAUUAUACUUUACAUUUAUUUAAUUAUUUAUUAUAAAUAAGACGUAUUUUUAAACGUUAAAUAUUAUUAACAUCAAAAUCCUCAGUACACAUUCUAUAUUGAAUAGAGUUAUAUACUUGUAGAGUGAAAAAAAAUGUAAACAUUGGGCUACAUGGCCAUUGAAUAUAUACACACAUAUUGUCAACAACUUCA